AUCGCCUUCCUGUGGCGGGUCCCGGGGCUGCAGGGCGGGACCUCAUGGAGGCCGUUGGCCUGGAGGGCUGCGGAGGAGGGGACGCGGCGCGAGGCGCAGAGGGGCGGCCGGUCCCGGAGGCGAGGGUGCACUUCCGAGUGACGCGGUUCAUCAUGGAGGCAGGUGUGAAGCUAGGGAUGCGGUCCAUCCCCAUCGCCACUGCCUGCACCAUUUACCAUAAGUUCUUCUGUGAGACCAACCUGGAUGCCUAUGACCCCUACUUGGUGGCCAUGUCUUCCCUGUACUUGGCCGGCAAAGUGGAAGAGCAGCACCUGCGCACGCGUGACAUCAUCAAUGUGUCCAACAGGUACUUCCGCCCGGGCAGCGAGCCCCUGGAGCUGGACUCGCGCUUCUGGGAGCUGCGGGACAGCAUCGUGCAGUGUGAGCUGCUCGUGCUGAGGGUGCUUCGCUUCCAAGUCUCCUUCCAGCACCCGCACAAGCACCUGCUCCACUACCUGAUUUCCCUCAAGAACUGGCUGAAUCGGCACAGCUGGCAGCGGACCCCCAUCUCCGUCACCGCCUGGGCCCUGCUGCGCGACAGUUACCACGGCGGGCUGUGCCUGCGCUUCCGGGCUCAGCACAUAGCUGCAGCCGUGCUCCACCUGGCCCUCCAGGUCUACGGCGUCGAGGUGCCGGCCGAGGCCGAGGCCGAGAAGCCGUGGUGGCAGGUGUUCAGCGAGGACCUUACGAAGCCAGUCGUUGAUGACAUUGUGUCUGAUCUUGUUCGGAUUUAUACCAUGGACACAGAGCUCCCCUGAGGCCUGGCCCUGGCCUGCCCAAAGAGAAGCUGGAAGCCUGGUCCCCCGGGGCGGCUGGGAGGACAGGCUCUGGCUCCGGGAGUGAUCACGCGCUGCAUCGCCGGCUCUGACCGUCCGCAGCCAGGUGCCGCCGGGGGCCCCAGGGGGGCGGCCCCGUGAUGCCCGAGUCUGCUUCUGCCCUUUGAGGCCUCCGCCUACAGUUGAGCCGGGACGUCAUUGGAAGGAAAAUGAAAGGCCAGAGGGGACUGCACCUGGGGACUGAAAGCUUUAUAGAAAGUGUGAAAUGUGCACCACAGAUUCAGCGUAUUUUGGGUAAUAAAAGGUGAUUCGAUACA